AUGCUUUUACUUGGAGCUGUGAAAGAGAUUCAUGAAUAUGAACUGAUCAUUAGUCUUCCACACGGUUUGACUGGUUAUGUUGCCAUCACUGAUAUAUCUGAUGUGUACAAUAGGUUAUUACAAAGAUUUACCGAUGGGGAUAAUGAAGAUCUUGUCAAAGAGGAUCUUCCCAGCUUAAUGGAUUACUUCAACAUUGGUCAGUAUGUCAGCUGUGCUGUGAAAGAACUCAAUACAGCUGUAAAGGGAGUGAGAAGAACGCAGCUGACAUUACUUUCUAGAGUAGUUAACCAGACGUACACACCUUCAGUAUUGAAGUAUGGACAGGUUUUAUCAGGUGUGGUUAAAAGUCAAGAAGAUCAUGGUUAUAUGAUAGACUUGGGAAUAACUGGUGUACAAGCAUUCCUCAAUCAUAGAUAUGCCAAAGUGUACAUUGAUAUGAAAAAUAAUGGUCAGUCUUUACUAGUUGGUCAGCCUGUAGAAUGCUGUAUAAAAGAAGUAAUGUCAAAUGGAAGGUCUGUCACUCUGACAAUUAAUCCAAAUAAAAUUACAAAGACUGUAGCAAACAAAAAGAAGUAUCCAUACCUGCAUAUGGUCGUUCCUGGUACCAGGGUAAAAGCAACAGUGACUGAGGUGCAUGAAGACUUGUUAAAAGUUGAUUUUCUUGAAUAUAGUGGUUUCAUCAAUCAUUUUCACCUCCCACAUUUCAGUACUAAGUGCAGUCAUUACAAGAAAGGACAGGAAGUCACUGCAUGUAUUUUGUAUAACAAUGCGUCAACAAAGACGGUUGGUUUGUCACUACAAACAUCACUGUGUGAAAAACUUGAGAAAUCAUCUUUACAUCACAAUCUUAGAAUUGGAAAAAUAUGCAAAAAAGCUGUAAUUAAAAAAAUAGAUGGUAACCAUGGUAUUCUUCUACAACUCAAGAUUGUACAAUCCUCUGAGGUCUAUGUUCUGCAUACACAAGUGUCUGACAAAACUAUCGAAGGUAGUUUAAAAGAACAUUUUACGGUUGGGUCUAAAGUGAUGUGUCGUAUUAUUGGCUAUAAUUAUUUGGAUGGUUUGGUAUUAGCAUCUAUGAAGUCAUCUGUCAUUAGUCAAAAAUUCUUGACAUACAGUGAUAUUAAAGUUGGUAUGAAGAUUGAAGCUAAAAUAAAAGCAUUUUAUAAGUCUGGCUUGAAUGUGGAAGUAUCAGAUCGUAUUCAAGGUUUCAUCCCUCGUUUACAUAUUGAUGAUGUUCCAUUGACCAAUCCACUCAAGAAAUACAAAGAAGGUGAUAAACUGUUGUGCAGAGUAAGUUUACCUG